GUCACGGAACCUUCGCCGGAUACGUACCGUGGACUAUUAUACGGAAAUGCUCACUAUUGUCCGUAGGAUGCAAAGCCACUAUUGAUCUCAGUCUGCCUAUUGCUCAUGCACCCUCCCUCUCCCCCUCGCUCCCCAUCACAGACACACACAUACACUCACACACUCACUCACGCUUCCUACCUCCCAUCAGCAUCCCUGGGCUUUCUUGGACUGCAGCAGAGAAACCGCUGCAUCGAAGAAGACAAGAGGAGAAAAAAAAUAGAAAAAAGAAAAAAGAAAGAAAGAAUUAAUUCGUUGCUCACUACCUCCGUGGCCGUGUAGAGACGCAAAUCAAGGAACGGACACUUCAGAGUCUUCGAGUUCGUUUCGAUGCACUAGAAAUUGUAAGCAUUUAUUCAUUUGUCUCACUGAAUAUCAGCAACUAUAAGUUCAUCUCCUCCAUCACCCACGCUUUAGUCUGGAUAACUGUCAUUAACGGUUUCCUCUCCUGAGUGGUUACUGGACUUUGAAUCUUGCCAGUCUGAGAUCAACUGUCUUCUCUUCAGCACUGUCUAGUUACUGCAAUCCAAUGGAAUUAGACACCAUUACUUAAUUGCUAGUCUUCUGGCAGUUGGGUGGUAUUUCAGGGGUAAUAAAUUAGCAUAAAUCUUGCUCUGUCUGGGAAUAGAAGAUAGAAAAACAACUAAGUAACUUAUAUUUAUUGCAGCUGGUGGAAUAAAAGUGGACUAAAGCUGAAUUUAGUGCUUGUUACCCUCGUGCCAAGAUGGAGGAAACGCAUAACAACAGGACUUCCUUGGUCAGAGGUGCCAAGGACAUCGCUAAGGAAGCCAAAAGGCAAGCUGCCAAAAAUUUCAGCAAAGCUGUUGAUCGAGCCUCUGAUGAAUACUCAUCCCAGCGCAGCUACAAUCGUUUCCAAAAUGAGGAUGAAGAAGAGAACAACUACAACAGUUAUACUCAACAAGAUGGUCUUUAUGCCGACAAUGCAACCAAUGAAGAGGACGGGGCCUCUAGUGAUGCCACGGAGGGUCACGAUGAUGAAGAUGAGAUCUAUGAGGGGGAGUACCAAGGAGUGCCUGGAUACAAUGAUGGGAAGCCACGGGAUGGUCAGGUUGCUCUGGGCCAGCCAGUGUCUGACAGCCUAAAGAGCCACAAGGAACUAGAAAAUGAGAGACAAGCAGAUGAGGAAGAGCUGGCCCAGCAGUACGAGUUGAUCAUGCAGGAGUGUGGCCAUGGGAGAUUCCAGUGGCAGCUGUUCUUUGUUCUAGGUCUGGCACUCAUGUCCGAUGGAGUGGAGGUGUUUGUAGUGGGCUUUGUCCUGCCCAGCGCUGAGACAGACAUGUGUGUUCCCAACUCUGGUGCUGGAUGGCUUGGCAGCAUUGUGUAUCUGGGGAUGAUGUUUGGAGCCUUUUUCUGGGGUGGCCUCUCAGACAAAGUGGGCCGCAGACAGUGCCUGCUUAUAUCCAUGUCAGUCAACGGCUUCUUUGCCUUCCUUUCCUCCUUUGUCCAGGGCUACAGUAUGUUCCUCUUCUGCCGCAUGGUGUCUGGCUUCGGGAUCGGUGGAGCAGUACCGAUAGUAUUCUCAUACUUUGCGGAGGUGUUGGCUCGCGAGAAGAGAGGAGAGCAUCUGAGCUGGCUGUGCAUGUUCUGGAUGAUUGGAGGAAUUUAUGCCUCAGCCAUGGCCUGGGCUAUCAUCCCACACUAUGGCUGGAGUUUCAGCAUGGGAUCAGCCUACCAGUUCCACAGCUGGCGAGUGUUUGUGGUGGUGUGUGCGCUGCCCUGUGUAUCUGCUGUGGUAGCUCUCACUUUUAUGCCUGAAAGCCCCCGUUUCUACCUGGAGAUGGGUAAACACGACGAGGCCUGGAUGGUGCUCAAACACAUCCAUGACACGAACAUGCGUGCCCGCGGAGAGCCAGAGAGAGUCUUCACUGUGAACAGGAUAAAAAUCCCCAAACAGCUGGAUGAGCUGGUAGAGAUGCAGAAUGAGUCAGCCAACCCUGUACUCAAGGUCCUCUUCAAGAUCAGGGCUGAACUCAGAGGAAUCUGGUUGACAUUCAUGAAAUGUUUCAACCACCCAGUGAAAGAAAACACUAUGAAGCUGGCUGCAGUCUGGUUUACUUUGUCCUUUGGGUACUACGGGCUGUCUGUGUGGUUCCCAGAUGUCAUCAAGCACCUUCAAGCUGACGAGUACGCCUCCAGAGUGAAGAUUCAUAACAAUGAACGCAUUGAAGACUUCACUUUCAACUUCACCCUGGAGAACCAGAUCCACAGAAAUGGGGUCUUUGUAAAUGACAGGUUCAUCAGUAUGAGGUUUAAGGCAGUCACGUUCAUCGACUCAUCUUUUCUCAACUGCUACUUUGAAGAUGUCUCCUCAGUAGGAUCCCUUUUCAGGAACUGUACCUUUGUAGACUCCUUCUUUUACAACACAGAUAUUGAUGACACCAAGCUGACAAAUUCAAGGGUGAUCAACAGCUCUUUUCACCACAACAAGACAGGCUGUCAGAUGACAUUUGAUGACGAUUACAGUGCCUACUGGGUCUAUUUUGUCAACUUCCUGGGAACGUUGGCUGUGCUUCCUGGAAACAUUGUCUCUGCUCUCCUCAUGGACAAAAUAGGACGCCUAAGCAUGUUAGGAGGUUCCAUGGUGCUAUCAGGCAUCAGCUGCUUCUUCCUUUGGUUUGGCACCAGCGAGUCAAUGAUGAUCUUCAUGCUCUGUCUCUACAACGGCCUCAGUAUCUCCGCCUGGAACUCCCUGGAUGUGGUCACCACUGAACUAUACCCAACAGACAGGAGGGGCACAGGAUUUGGCUUCUGUAAUGCUAUGUGUAAGCUGGCAGCGGUGCUGGGCAACCUGAUCUUUGGCUCUCUGGUUGGCAUCACCAAGGCCAUUCCCAUUCUGCUGGCAUCAUCCGUGUUGGUUGGCGGCGGGCUAGUGGGGCUCCGACUGCCAGACACACGUGCCAAUGUCCUCAUGUAAACCUCACCACAGAACAGUAUGUUGUUUACCAGGUAUUUUCUCAGUUUACUGAAUAGCAACAUAUUUACAGAAAGUGAUUUGUGAAAAUAUUUUUGAAAUGCGCUUUGCAGUUUGUUUUUUAUUUACUUUUUUUCCAUAAAAUAUGCAGAAUAUGUUCACAAACUCAGAUUCAUGAUGAGUUUUAUUAUUCUGUUAUUUCUGAGAGAAAUACCUGGUAAAUUAGGAUAAUGAAAUGCAGUUUUGCAGAGCAGUAGGUGUACAGAGGAGCUUCAUUUAGAAUAUCAAAUGUUAUGCCAGUGGCUUUUUACCAGAGCUAUUGGCAUUCUUGCAGGAAUUUGGAGGAAAAAAAAGCUUUUCAGAAGCAAGCUAAAUUUAUCAGCGGUGAUUAAAGUCUUUAUAACAGCAGCUCAUUGCAGCUCAGCACUACAGUGGGCGGUUUCACACAUGCAGCCCACAAAUGCAUGUGCCAAAGCUGCAAAAGGCUUGGGUUUCUAGUAACCUUCCCCUUCCGAGUUCCAAUCAGUUGUAUGCUGAUUAAAGGAAAUGUGUGACGUUUUUGUUUACAUGUGCAUUUGAAGCCACCAGCAGCAGCUCAGGGUUGCCAACUGUCAAGCUUUUGGCAUGAGACACUUGCUUUGAGGCUCUACCUUGUGUGGCUCAUGCUGGUCAAUAAUUUGCUUGCCCUUAGUCAGCAAAAGGACACACAGUCCAAAAUAACUGAAGACCUUUCAUGCACAAUGACUGCACAAAAUGCUGAGCACAGGAGUUCAGUUUAUUGCUUUCAGCUGUUUAUAGGAGUCUUCCCACUGACUUUUUGCUUAAAUUUGUAAAUGUUAUAUAACCGAAGGAUCCAUAUGAGCAUGAACAUUCAUGAACAUGACACACAAGUGAUAAAGAUCUGUCAGCAUAUUAUCUUCUACUUUUUUCCAGACAGGUAAUGUCACACACAGUCACAGUUUUCAUGCUGCAGUUUAAUUACUUGUUUAGCCUUCUCUAUUAUAGCCAUUAGGACAUUUUUAAUUUACUGUGUGUACAAGUCUCAUCUGUUUUCUAAAGUUUUUAUUUUUAUUUGUUUAUUUAUUGUAGAUAUUGUCCACAGUUGCUUUCUGUAGCAGUAAUCUUUUUCAUGUAUCAAUGCGUGACUUAGCUACAUAUAGGAGCUGUUACCCUCUUGUAAAGGGUUGAGUUUAUAAAGAUAUAAAAUUAAAUUGUGAGCAUAACUGAGUUCAGCUUAUUUAUGUAAGCCUCCAAAAUAGUCCCCAUUUAUUUAUUGGCCCCUUGGGAUAUUAUUUGCUCAUAUCUCAUGCUAUAGUCAUUACAGUAACUAUGACCAGUAACAAUGAAAACACUUUUAAUGGUAUAAGGUACAGUUAUCAUUGGACAUGGUUAGGAUCUUCAGUGUUCAUUCUAAAAUCAUUAAAUUUCAUAAAUAAACCUAAAGCAAAUUUGUGAUCAACAUAUAGCACCAGGAUGGGGAAAGAGGUAUUGUUUUGAGUCAAAACUUGAAAGUUGGCAAUGUUGGCUUGCUUAAAAAUUAUUUAUUAAGUGUUUAUAAUUAGACAGGCUGUUUUAUUAUUUAUUUAUUAAUUUAUGUCUCAUUCAUUGCUUUACCAAUGUGCUUUUCUGUUUUUUGGGUGGCGAUUUACUGUGUUUGAACUUUGCUCCUACAAUUUUCACUCCAUUGAUAAAAUAGGUUGAUGAUACUUAAGCCUUUUGCUGCAAUUUGCAAAAAUGACAAGGCCAUAAAAAUCAAUAAUGAUAUACAUAGUAGUUUAGUCCAAACUGGCAACUUCAGCAGCUACAUUUCUAAAGUGAAAAGAAGUUUACAUUUUCUGCUUUUUACAGUAAGAGACUUUUUUGGGCCUGGAAUCCUUUUGUCUGAAUGCUUCCUCUCUGCAUCUCUCGUGUUGGUAUUGUUUAGUUCACUAUGAAGGGCUUUGCUCUUUCUUUUAAUUUCAUCUGCCAAAAAGAAUUUAUACUGUAGGAAACUUCUGUUGGUAUCAAAUUAUGUUUAGAGUCUUUUUCCCCUCUCUAUCUGUCUCAUUGUCCUGGUUUCUUCAUAGUGUCACUUUGUCUGUCUUUUCACUCUGUUCCUGCCUUGCUGCUGCUCCGCCUGAAACUCAAAGGCCUUUCUCAGAUGUUGUGCCUCUCUUACCGUCAAGCCCACCUCUCCUUCCAAACCUUGCUGGAAGCUUUGCUGCUCUAUCUUGCUUUUUUCAUUCCUAUCUCUUGCAGUGAGCACACCUGUGUGUGUGUGUGUAUUUCUCUCUCUCUCUCUGUAUGUACAGCUGUGAUCAGAAGGUUGCAUACACUCGUCAUGGCCACGAAUAUCAUGGUGAAUUUGGGCUUUUAAUGAUUUCUUUGAAUGGUUCUUUUUUCAGGUUGGAAUGAUUGUACCGCACACAUCUUUAUUUACUUUAAAAAUAAGAAUUGGCUACACGAGGUGAAUUUAUUUUAUUGUCAAAUCCACACAGAUUUAUAUACACCCCUGAAAUUGGUUAAAUGACUGUUAACAAUUUAUAACUCAAUCAACCACUUUAGUAACCAUCAACAAGCUUCUGGCAUAAUUCUAGUUGGACAUUUGACCACUGUUCUUAGCAGAAGUGUCAGGGUUCAUCUAAAUUGGUUAGUUGGGAAGGCCAUUUCAGAAGAAUAAUGUUAGCAAGCUUAAACUGUUCCAAAACCAGCUCUGAUGUGUGUUUGGGGUCAUUAUGUUGUUGGAACACCUAGUUGUCCCCCAGUUUUAACCACCUAGCUAUUGAUCUCAGCUGUAGUUGAAGAAUUUUGAGGUAAUCUCUCUUUUUUAUUAUUUCAUCCACCGCACACUCUAUCAGUACACUGGCAGUAAAACCACCCCUGAGGAUUAUGAUGCCACCACCAUGCUUGCCAUUUGGUACAGUGUUCUUAGGUUUGAAAGCCUCAUGUUUACUGCUCCAAACAUACCUCUUGUCAUUGUGGCAAAACAGCUCAGUCUUUGUCUCAUCUGACCAUAAAACUUUCAAGCUUGAAGGUGUCAGUUUUGGUUCAGGGGUUUUCUUUCUUGGUCCAAAACCUCUCAGGCCAUGGUGAUAUAAAACUGGCUUCAAUGUGGACAGUGAUGCCAGUGUUCCAGCAGUUUUGAUUUCAGACUUCCUGAACAUUCUAACUUAUUUCUUAACCACAGAAGCUUGUUCAUGGCUAACAAAGGCCUCUAGUCGAGGUAUAACUUGCUAAAAAACAUUUGACCAAAUAUCCAAAACAAAUUCAAACUUGUGCGCCCAAUUUUUGUGUUUUAAAGGACUAAAGAAUUGUAUGCUGCACAAUUAUUACAUCCUGGAAAAAAAAAGGACAGUUCAGAGAACUCAUUAAAAGCCCACAAGAUGACACUGAUGCCUGUGAUGACUAUAUAGAACUUUUUGACUAUGACUGUAAGUUUAUUGCAUGUAUAUCUAGACUAACACUAUGUGGACAGAUAUUUUUUUCUAAUUUUUUUCUUAAACCAAGGAACUGAGGUUUUUAAAUUUUGAUUUAUAUCAUGAAUUGAAACUAAAAGCCAUGUGUAAAAGGCCAAGUCACUCAAAUUCUAAAAAAACAAGAAAACAAAACAAAAAAAACAAAAACAUGGUAAGAUUGCAAAUUCAAUUUGUUUGUGAUGCUCACUUAUUUAAGAUUUUAAAGGCUCUUUAGCCUUUGCAGCCUUGCACUAUCAUGCUGGCUAAGCUAGCAUGUGCGUUUCCUGUGCUAGCAUAAAUAUUUUGUAGUGCAGUGCAGACAAGGGUGGUGUCUUUUGGAGGUGAAUGUCAUAAAAGACAAAAAUAACCAUCUAGCUAAUUAAAGAUAUGGAGAAAAAUUAAUGAACUGCUUUAUUAAGUAGGAUAUAUCCUCUGGGGAACAUGAACAAUGAGAUAUUUCAGUCUGGACCAAAGAAGUCGCUUUGAUCCAAAGUGGACCAACCUUGGGCCUAACUUUGGUUCACCUUUGGUCAUCCCAAAAUCAAGCACUGGGGGGAGUCAACAGUAAAGUUUAUCCUGAAAUGCUAGUUAUUUUUGAAUAAUCCAUGGAAGUCGGAUUCAACAGUAUUUCUUUCCUAAUUUGCAAAGGAAACACAUGUUAUAUAUUUGGAAAUAUUUACAAAUCACACUUUUCAGCACUGUGAGCACCACAAACAAAACUAAAGUGACCUCAGAGAGGGAUAUCUAAUAAAAUAAAUAAAAAAGUUAUUUGUAGAACAUUAUUUUUUGUGACUUAUAUGCUUGAACAACCUCCUGCUUUAGUGCUAAUGAGUUGAUGUUAACACACAUUAGGUCAUUUGUAAAACAUAAACUUGUAGUUUGUUCUGCAUUAGUUCCAUCAUACAAAAAAUCAUUGGAAUUUCAUAAUUUUUGUCAGCUUUGGUGAUACUGUUAUUGAAUGUUAUAUUAUGUUUCUCACAUAUAUCUUAGUUUUGGUAGUAAAGGACCUAUUAUUGACCAAUCAUUUCCUUUUUCUACCAAUAUAAAUGGACUGCAGCUGUUUCAAGAUAUGAAUCUGCUUUCCUGUGUUUGAUGCUUUAUCUCUGUCUGUCCUCGGCCUUGCCUUGUGGCUUCUCCUUCGCUCUUCCACUUGUGCUGAACAAACUUGUUAUACUGUACAUCACAGUUUCCAGACUGAAACCCUGCAUGUUUGUUAAGUCCCUCUGUUUUGUGUGCUAUAUGCCAUUUUGGUGUCUUUGCUGUUCCUCUGUGGAGGUUAACAGAUGUGAUUCCCGGGUUAAAGGUGAAUGUAUCAUUCUCGUGUGUUGUCAGGUUUGUUGUGGACAGGUGUUCCUUAAACUGAAUUGUUCUUCUGCGUCAUUGUGAAGGGGCAUGCUAGUGAUGAGAUGAUUGUAUUUACUACAAACUGACCUCCAGCAGGGGUUGUCAGAUCUGUUUUUCGGGUGAUUUCGAGUUAGAUUAGUCAUUAUUGUCACUGGAGCAGGAAUUAAAGUGCCACCAUUGAGACUUUCAGAUUUGAAAAGCUCUGCUGUCAAACUACAUGUGCAGGUGUGUGUGUAAAGAUAAAAAUCUGACCUUGACAUGAUUUAUUUUGAUAAGGCUGAUAAAAAGCUCUAGUGAAUACAGUGUAAAGGUGGAUUCCUCUGGUAUCUACAUAUUGAAUA